UGAGCCUUCAUAUUUCUCUGACGCCAGACAAAAAGUGUCAGAAGAGCUUGAAGUAGGAGGAAAAAAACACAACAGCGAAGAAAGGCCACUCAGAGGAGGGAGAUGAAGACCUUCAGCAGCCAAAGCCAGCCUGAGCAGCGCGGAGCCCUCUGCACCCUGCACAGCCUCAGCAGCGGCGCCAUGAGUCCCCUCAGCACGGCCAGCAUCACCCUGGCAGUCCUGUUCAUCCUCACCAUACCAGUCUCUACAAGUGUCCCAGUCAGUCUUCAGCAGGCCACAACAGACCAGAGGCAGCUACUUCGUCAGAUAGACGCUGUUUGCUCAUCCUACCUUUCUGCAGACCUGAAGUACUGGACAUCAGAUGUCAUAGGAGAACUCUGUAUCUUGAUGUUGGUUCAGAAGUCAAAGGAGCUGAGAGUUCAAGAAAACAGUAAAAGGAACUCUCAGUUGCACCCUCUUCUGCAUCUCGUUUCUCAGCUCCAUCCCAGAAGAGAGAGAGGACUCGUAAUGAGCGCUGAACUCCAGGGACCUGGCGGAAUUGAAAGCAGAGGCUACUUCCUCUAUCGGCCACGAAAUGGAAAACGGUCUUUGGAAUAUAAAUAAAAAAAAGAAACUCCGCCUGCGAGUGUACAGAGACACGGACCCGCGCUGCACGAUGACUGAGUGAUCCGGACGCCUGCCACUGCCCUUUGACUCUGCUGUACAUUGAUGUUUGAAACUAUACAAUGAAUACCAAUUAAACUACCAUUCAUUUGUCCA